AUGGGCGUGAUCCUGAGCAUCGCCGCCUGCCUCAUCAUCUCCACCAACCUGGUGGUGGCGGUCGCUCUACUAAAGCUGCUCCUUAAGAAGAGCAGCCAGAGCUGGUGCUUUGUCCUCAACUUGGCUCUAGCCGACGCCCUGGUGGGUGUGGCCAUCACUGGCCUGGCCACAGAAGACUUCAACAGCAACAACAACAUUAUCCCUCAGAACCAGGUCACUGCUGGUCUUCCCACAAACACCACGCCUCCUGCUCAGGGGAAGAACCGGUGUCUGAUGCGGAUGGCCUUUGUGACCUCGCCCUGCACGGCAUCCAUCAUGUCCAUGUUCCUGAUCUCGCUGGACCGCUACGCGGCCAUCAAGAUGCCCUUGCGAUACUCUCUGCUGUCUGGGAAGGGGACGGCAGUCGGGUCCUUGCUGGCUCUGUGGAUCAGCGCCAUCACUGUGGGAUUCCUGCCAGUCAUGGUGCGGCAGCUGCAGGCGGAGGGUUACGACGGCUUUUGCGCCUUCUUCUCCGUCAUUCAUGAAGUUGGCAUCAUCGUCCUGUUCAGCUUGUGCUUCUUCCCCGUGCUCUCGGUGUUCGUCUACAUCUACCUGGACAUCCUGAAGAUCGCCUGCAGCCACCAGAAGCAGAUCUGUCAAGUCAGGCAAGCAGGCUCCAGGACGGCUGACCACCACGGCCAUCAGCAUUAUCAACAUCACCACCAGCACCAGCAGCUGAGAAGUGGUUACUGGAGUCACGUCAAGGCCCUGAGGACGGUGGCGGUGCUCGUGGGCUGCUUCUUGGUGCUCUGGUGUCCCUUCUUUGUGGUGUGCAUAGUGCACGUUCUGUGUAAAACCUGUCAACUCGCUGGCGUGCUGGAGAAUUAUCUGUGGCUGUUGGGACUGUCAAACUCACUGAUCAACCCCCUGGUGUAUGCCUUUUGGCAAAAGGAGGUGCGGCUGCAGUUAGCAGCCAUGUUUUCCUGCUUUACAGGCAGGUUGUUGGCUGCUGGAUCACAAGGUACCACAGACAGAUACGACCCUCAGCAACCUGUGCAGACUCAAGCCUGUGUUUCUGGUCUAGAUGCCGUUAACCCCGCACUGUUGCCAAUUACCUGCAACAAUGAGGCUCAGACUGUGGCACCGUCUGCCACGAGUGACUUAUGAAAGAGGCUAACAAAA